AUGGAUUUAUUACCAUUUGCACUAUCAAUAUUCAGCGCAGGGCAUUACAUGUACUGUGGAACAUACCCGCAGCGGACAAUGUUUUUUUAUUAUCAAGUAAUAUUGGAAAAGUUUUUAAAUGUUUUGAAGGUGUUUCGUGGUGUUCCGUAUGCUGCACCACCAGUCGGUCCUCUACGAUUUAGACCUCCACAGCCUCCGUUAUCGUGGCCGGGAACCAGGCUAGCAGACACUUUCGGGGCCGUUUGUCCCCAGAAGUAUCCGGAUGUUAGUAAUCGUACGGCAGCUUUACAAUUUAUGCCUAAAGGACGUUACCAAUACCUUAAAAAGUUAGUGCCACUAUUAGUGAAUCAAUCGGAAGACUGUCUGUUUUUAAAUAUCUACGUUCCAGGCAGUGGUCAGGUUUUCGAACCAUAA